AUCUUCCCCCCGCACCCUUGGACGCUCCCGAUUCUUGCCACUGAUCGCACUGUGUAAACCCAAGUACUGAUCCCCGACGCUUCAUAGGCCCUUUUGGAGGCUGGAUGCGAGCGAGACCCUAUGAAUAAAGCUCGAAUCUGCCUCUUACUUAGCAAGGGGCGCAUAUAUCCGCGAGCUGAGUUUGACGAUGAGAAAUGGCUGCUCGAAGCCCACAACCAGCUUCAGCAAGCCAGACUGCCACCCGUCGAUUCAUCACCAGCCGAGUCUAAAAGUAUGGUCUCUCAAUGGAAUAUCCUACGAGCGUGCUAUUCCAUGCGCGUCCGGUGGGAAAUUCUGGGUCUGCGCAGGGCGCAUUUGUAUCCCGCAAUGCUGGUGAAAAUGGUGCCGUUUCAACCUUCGGACCUCGAGGAAGAUACUCGCUUUCCAUGGUUCCUGAGCGUUGAAGUCAAACGCAGGCUUUCCGAAAUAUUUCUGGCCCUGGUUGAUCUGUCCCUCAUUACAUAUCCGUUGUGCCACAUUCUAAUGGGGCCCAAAUUGUAUCUUGGAUGGCUUGGCGAACCCCGCAAGUUAUCAAUCAUGGGUGAAUUGGAGGAAUGUGAGGGGCUGUUGGCACAGUGGCAGACCAACCAUACGCAAUUAUUGCUUACCAGCAGCGAUCCGCCAAAGUCUGACCCUAGUUACUAUUCUCUCCUUGCCAUCUUCGCCAACUUGAGACUGACCUACGAAUACCUCACUUCCACCCUUCACCAAAUCAGCCUCUGCUCAGAGAGGCCUUAGCUCUACGAUAUGGGCUGCGAGAAUGCGAGACGCUUCUCACCUAGCCCUCCAAGGGUCCUCUACUUUGACAGUGGCGAUUCUCUCCGAUCUGCUCGAUAAGGAUGCUCUGCAGUACCUCCCUGUCUCAGUAAUUGUCUGUGUCUUUGUUCCUAUGACGAUCAACUAUAUCUUCCUCCGAUGCUCUCUUCGACUAUCAGGCACGCCAAUCCACAAACUUGCCGUCUACUUGCGCGCCCUCGAAGUCCUCGCCGAACGCGAUGCCGUUGUUCCCUUCUACCAUUCCCUAUUGAAUGACUCAAUAGUACUGAUUCAUAAGCGGAGCUUCACUCCAGAGUCAUCACUUCCGACAACCCUGUCAGAUGCUCUACUAAUCACGGA